GGAUUGAUCUUGAUUUCGAAUCAUAUCAUAGAAACCAAUCGGUCAUUGAUUCCGUUACGAAUUUCAAUCGAAAAGAAGUUUUUCGUUUUAAUCUGGUUUCAGAUCUGUAUACGCUCAAAAGGGUUGAAGAUGCCUCGCUAUGAUGAUCGUUACAGCAGCAAUGACCGAUACGGCGGUGCGCGUCUCUAUGUUGGCCACCUCUCCUCUCGAACAAGGGAACGCGAUCUUGAACACCUCUUCAGCAAAUACGGAAGAAUUCGAGAUUUGGACAUGAAGCGUGACUAUGCCUUCAUUGAGUUCAGUGAUCCUAGAGAUGCUGAUGAUGCGAGGUACAGGCUGGACGGAAGAGACUUUGAUGGAAGCCGUAUCACUGUGGAGUUUGCCAGAGGGACACCUCGUGGUUCCCGUGAAUUUUCUUCAUCGAGCAGAGGCCCUCCGCCAGGGAGUGGUCGUUGCUUCAACUGUGGUCUUGAAGGACACUGGGCUCGAGAUUGCUCUGCUGGUGACUGGAAGAACAAAUGUUAUCGAUGUGGUGAUAGGGGUCACAUCGAGAGGAACUGCAAGAACAGUCCUAAGAAGCUCAGGCGGGACGCAAGUUACUCAAGAUCGCCGGUUAGGUCUCGGUCUAGGUCUCCUCCUCGUCGCAGAAGAAGAAGCCCCAGCAGAAGCUAUAGCGGUGACCGUAGUUACAGUCGCUCCAGAUCACCGGUUAGGAAGGAAACGGAUCGUAGCCCUGAAGCUGCAAGGAGCAGAAGCCCUGAAGCUGCAAGGAGCAGAAGCCCUGAA